AUGUUUAUGACUGAGUACGAAAAUCUUAAUCAUAUGGAACGCGUUUAUGAUACGGGCGGCGAUAAGCAGUUAAUCGAUUCCGCGAAAUAUUUUUAUCUACCGCACUCAUAUGUAAUUAACGAUCGUAGUAGAACGACAAAGUUACGCGUCGUGUUUGACGGGUCAGCAAAGACUAGUAGCGGUGUGUCAUUAAAUGACACACUAAUGAACGAACCAAAAAUACAACCAGACCUAUUAGAUAUCGUGGUACGUUUCAGAACAUAUAAAUAUGCAUUUUCGGCGGAUAUAACGAAAAUGUAUCGUCAGGUGUUAGUUCACGAAGACCAUCGCGACUAUCAGCGUGUAUUAUGGAGAUCAGAUCCAAAUGAUGAAGUAAAGGUAUAUAAACUAUGUACUGUUACUUAUGGGUUGGCGCCAGCAGGUUUUUUAACAAUAAGUUGCAUCAAUCGUCUCGGCGAUAAGACCACUAACACAAAGUUAAAAGAAAUAAUUAAAAAUGAUUUUUGUGUAGACGAUUGCCUGACCGGGGCAGAUUCGUUGUUGGAAACAACUGAAUUGCGCAACGAAUUAAUUUCGAUUAUGCGAGGUGGGGGAUUUGAACUAUCGAAAUGGACAACGAAUCAUACAGAUUUACUUCCAAAUCAUAAUAAAAAUGAAAUAACGACCGUACCAAUGGAUAGGGAAAGCGUGAAAACUUUAGGUUUGUACUGGGAGCCGAAAAGUGAUUGCUACACGUAUGUCGUACAAGUACCGAAGGUAAAAGGUGAAGUAACAAAAAGACACAUUCUUGCCGGCCUAGCAACGUUAUUUGACCCAUUAGGCCUAGUAGGCCCGAUAAUAUUGAUGGGAAAAAUAUUGUUACAAAGUUUAUGGCGCGAAAAAAUCGGUUGGGACAGCCCAGUUCAACAUCACAUACAAUUGGAGUGGGAAACAUACAAUAAUUGUCUAAAUGAGCUCAAUUCAUUUAGUAUACCUCGGUGGCUGGGUUCCGACAAGAAUAAACAAAUAGAGAUACACGGAUUCGCUGAUGCAUCUAUGAAGGCAUCGGUGCGUGUAUAUAUAUGCGCACAAUAG